AUGGGCGACUCCACCUUGUACGGAAUACACGAUCCGACGUUUGAGACCACUACCCCAUGGCUGAUCUAUGAACAGGCGCAAUGUGCGAUAGGAACGCGAAAGGGGCUUGUCUUGAGUGAGCCAGAAUGGCUGACUGAUCCUUGGACACACCACCCAAAGACACGAAAAGACAUGUUGGUCGACAUUCUUUUAGAGAUCCCCUCGUUGUACGAGAAUGUGGACAACAUGAAUUUGCUACCAGAUGGGAAGAUCAAAUCCAGCCACCGUCACAACAUCCAGAAAAUGAAUUAUGUUAUCAUGACGCGACUGGAAAAUUGGAAUACAAGAUAUGCAGCCACGCUGCCUACAACGUAUUCCGGGCCACACUGGCAGACUUUAAGCAGUGUAGAGACCAAUUCCAUUGCGGACGCACAUGUCAUGGCAAUAUACUGGGCAUCAAGCAUCCACGCUUAUCACAUUUACCGCACGGUUUCUGACGGGGAAUGCGAUUUUAUCGGACUUGAUCCGGACGAUUGCUGUCGCAGUAUCAUACGCUGUGUUCCUCUAUUUCUGCAUCCGUCCACUGGAAUCUUUCGUCAACAUCUUAUUCCCUUUCCAUUGAUGACGGCAGAUCGACAUCUCAAUUCCGUUCAAUCAACAAAGUUACAAGCGGAGCGUGAUUAUCUCCAAGCGCUACGAGAAUCACCCAAGUUUGCAGCGAUGCACCAGUUUAUCUCCAGCAUGCAGUCACAAAUUGUGACAUUCUGA